AUGACCCGCCCAGCAGCCCCCACUCAGAUGAUCGUCCUCCCUAUCCAGGAGGAAAUCCAGCUGGACCAACCCUCCCAACACGGUCAGACGUGGACGCAGAUACUGGAUAUUCUGGAACAAUGGCCAGGAUUCCGGCGUCUGUAUUGGGGGCGACACGUGGAGGAGCCUGCGCAGGUCCACCUACACAUCGUCCGCGACAACCUGCAUCAGCAUUUCGCCCUCCUCGCGUCCCCGGCGUGGCAGCGGAUCGGCGAUCAACUCAGGUCGUUAGGGGUCAGCGACACGGCGUCGCUCGUCGUGCGGCAUGCCAUGAUUUCGGAGUUCUCAGCCGAGCCGAAAAGCCUGGGGAAUGGGGCGCCAGUGACGGGCACGGCUAUCUACUUGACGCGUGACCAGGCCGGGUGGGAGAAGACGUGGGAGCUGUGGACGAGCAUCGUAUCGACGGUACCUGGCUGCAUUGGCGUGACGGGCGGCUGGAUGGUGGAGUCGGUGGAGGGCCAGCCGUCGUAUGUGGUGUAUGUGGGAUGGGCGAGUCUGGAGGUGCAUGACGCGUAUCAUCACACUAAUCACUUCCGCCAGCGGGCAGCCAUUCUGCGGGAACACAAUCGGGGAUACCGCGAAUACGGGCACGUUGCAUUUGCGCACUCACGAUCGCAGUCGCACUCGCCGAACGAGGCGAAGGUGACUGUGACGGGGACGGGUGGCAUGACUAGCCCCAGGACUGAUCGGAGUAGUAAGCUUGAGAGGCUGUAA